GUCAAAAUUGGUAGACAUUUUAAAAUUAUAUUGUAAUGACGCUGCUGUGUGUAUGACUCGAAAUUUCAAAAUAAUUUCCAAUACUUUUGUAACUUUCAUCAAUUAAUUUUAUAAAAAUGAGUUCGUCCGGCAUGUUAUACGGUGGAGACGAGAUUGGAGCAUUAGUUAUCGACCCCGGUCACCAUUCUUUGCGCGUUGGUUAUGCUCAAGAAGAUACACCGAAGGCUGAAAUACCGGCUGUGGUCGGAGAAGAAACCAUCGCAGCUGCAUUGGACUUGGAAACGAAGGCAACCAAUAAUAUUUCUUCGUCAAAUACCAAGCACUACAUUGACACCACAUUUCUGAAUGUUCCUCGAUCAAAUAUGGAAAUUCAAACGUACAUGAAGGAUGGCAUGAUUGACAAUUGGGAUCUAUUCGAGAAAGUAUUGAACUACACGUACGCCAAAGUAGUCAGUUCUAAAUCCGAAUACCAUCCUGUGCUAUUUUCCGAAGCAUCAUGGAACGUCCGAACGAAUCGAGAGAAGCUAACUGAAUUGAUGUUCGAGAAGUACAAUGUUCCCGCAUUUUUUGUCGUUAAAAAUGCAGUUUUGGCUGCUUUUGCUAGUGGACGAGCAACAGCCUUAGUCGUAGACAGUGGAGCUACACAUACAUCUGCUGUUCCCGUACAUGAAGGCUAUGUCUUGACACAGGCUGUCGUCAAGUCACCUCUUGGAGGUGAUUACUUGUCACUUCAAUGCCGUCAGUAUCUCGAAGCACAGGGAAUUGAUUUAACUCCAAUCUAUGCCAUCGCCAGUAAAGAUGUUAUCCGUGAACGUGAUACCCCGCGAUUCCAGACACGAGUUCUACCAGACAAACUUACAAAUUCAUGGCAACAGUAUAUGCUCAAGAAACUGUUACAGGACUUUCAAAUGUCAACCGUUCAGGUUCUAGAAACGCCAUAUGAUGAACGGACUGCUUCACAAAUUCCAGCCUCUCCUUAUGAAUUUCCCACUGGCUACCACCAAGAUUUCGGAUGCGAAAGAUUUAAAUUGGCCGAAAGUCUUUUCGAUCACACGAUGUUGGGCGCAGGCCAACUGGCUUCGACUAGUGUUGGCAUGUGUGACGCUGACGUAAGAUUGUCGUUGUACGGAUCAGUCGUAGUAACUGGCGGUAACUCAUUGUUGCAAGGAUUUACGGAACGAUUGAAUCGAGACUUAUCACAUCGGGCCCCAUCGAAUACUCGUCUAAAAAUGAUAUCGGCAAACGGUAGUGUUGAGCGAAGAUUCGGUGCAUGGAUUGGAGGAUCCAUAUUAGCCAGCAUCGGAACCUUUCAACAGAUGUGGAUAUCGGCACAAGAGUAUGAAGAGGGCGGAAAAGGUCAAGUGGAACGGAAAUGUCCUUAGACGUAGAUCUGGAAUGAUUUUUAUCUUAAAAUUGUGGAUUGAAGUGAACAUUUAAACUUUAUGUAAGAAAUAAAUUUGGAACAAGAACUCAA